UCGGCUGUUGGAUUUUCCAAGGUGCCAACUCUCAGAUGCUCAUUCGCUUCCCCCGGGCCCCCAUCGGCGGCUGGCGGCUCCCUCGGCGGGAGGGGGGGGGCUUGAGUCUCCGGACCGUCGACCAGCCAGGGGGCGGCUGCCCCGCUCCGCCCGGGGGCCCCCUCCGAUCGCCCUGCGGUUCUGCGGACACCCCGCGGCGCCCGCCCCCGCCGCCUGCUCCAAGCCGCUGGGGGCGCGGAAUUGGCCCCGCUAAAGCGAGCCCCGCGGGCUGCGGCGGGAGGUGUCCCGGCUUCGGAGCCUGGCCGCCGGCAUGGCCGGUUCCUGACGGGUGGCACCUGCCGGAGGAAGAGGACGCAUGGGGGAGGCCGUGCGCCACGGGGCCCGGAGCUGUGCCAGAGCCAGGAGCCCCCCGCGGGGUCGGCCGCUCCGAGGCUGCCUGGGCGCCGCUCAGCGGGGGCUGCUCUGAGCCCUGCGCCCUGCGCUCUGCGCUGCGCGGCCGGGCCUCCAGUGGCGGCGGCCGGAGGGGGAUGCCCGGACUUGCGCGCCUUUCCUGCGCUCGCCGCCUCCCAGCUGCCCGGGCUGCGCGGAGCGGCCGGGCCGGGGAAUCGACGCCCCGCUAGGGGCUCUCGCCGCAGCCGGCCCGGUGGGCGCGAAGGGGAGGCGCGCCGGGCGCAGAUGCGGGGCGCUGCGGCCGGCGCGGUCCGCUCCCCCGGGCACUCAUGAGCAGAGGGGCCAGUCUGCAGCGGAGAACCACCUACCUGAUCUCCCUGACCCUGGUCAAGCUCGAGUCCGUGCAGCCGCCGGAGGAGCAGGCCAAGGCGGGGGCGGAAGAUGGAGCCCCCCAGCCCGGCUCCAGCCCGGCCACCCCCGGCCUCUCCGGGGUGACGGCGCGCCGGGAGGGCGAGGGGUCCCGGGCGGAGGAAAGCGCCAAGAGCAAGCGCCAGGAGCGGAGCUUCCACCGGCAGGAUGCGUUAUGGAUCAGCACCAGCAGCUCCGGCCCGGGGGACUAUUUCCUGCAGCUGUCGCCCAGCAGCCCCCGGACCCCGGUGCCCUCGCCCUCCCCGUCCCCGGAGAGCGCCGGCCGGCUGCUCGCCCUCUGGGCCGGCCCGGGGCUGCCCUCGCCCAGUGCCAGCACCCCCGGCCCGGGGGCCCCGGCUGAAGACCCCAGAGCUCCGGAUCCCAAAGCGGACGCUCCUCUGACCCUGACGCCGCCGGCGGUGCCCCCCAAGCCGGGCACUGCUCUGCACCCGGCAGCCCCAGCUGUGCCCCCCAAGCCGGACACUGCACUGCAUCCAGCUGUGCCCCCCAAGUCGGACACUGCACUGCACCCAGCUGUGCCCCCCAAGCCGGACACGGCACUGCACCCAGCUGUGCCCCCUAAGUCGGACACUGCACUGCACCCAGCUGUGCCCCCUAAGUCGGACACUGCACUGCACCCAGCUGUGCCCCCUAAGCCGGACACUGCACUGCACCCAGCUGUGCCCCCCAAGCCGGACACUGCACUGCAUCCAGCUGUGCCCCCCAAGCCGGACGCCGCACUGCUCCCAGCUGCCCCACUUGUGCCCCCAAAGCCAGAAGCCAUUGUGGCCCCAGCGGCUCCGGGGGUGAAUGAGACCCUGGAGGUGCCAGGCGAGCGGAGCCAGACCCCCAGGGAAGGUUUGCCGCCCCUCACCACCAGCUGCUCCUCCAGUGCGGCGGCUCCAGGCCGGAGGCUGCUGCUAAGCCAUGCCAGCUGGGGCUGCCCCGACGUGCGGGAGCCCGGAGCACCGGAGGGCGGCGGUGCCGGCCGAGCCGGGGGCUCCUCGUUCUCCUCCCCUCUGGGCCCUGGCGCCUCCUCGCCUCACCCAGCGGCCGGGAGCCGGCGCCUCCGGCUGGCCAGCAACAAGCCUUUCAAAACGGUGACCACCAGCGGCGUCAAGAUGGGCUCCGAGCCCAAGGCGGGCAAAGGCGCCCACAAGGGGGGCCCAGGCAACCGGCUGUCGUGGCCGGAGAGCGAGGCGAAGGGCCGCAUGAAAGGGGGCCCCAAAGGCGGCGGGGAGGCGGCCCCCCGGACCACCGCCAGGGCGAAGCUGUCGCCGCGCAAAGGCAAGAGCAAGACCCUGGACAACAGCGACCUGCUCCUGGACGCCGAGGGCCCGGCGGCCUCGGCCUUCUGCCCCUCGGAGGCCGGCGUGGGGCUGAAGCGGGGCCGCGAGGGCGGCCGGGCCUCCACCCGGGACCGCAAGAUGCUCAAAUUCAUCAGCGGCAUCUUCACGAAGAGCCCGGCCUCCACCCCCACCCACCCCGGGCCCGGGUGGGGCCUGGGCAACCGGGAGCUGCUGAGCCCCGAGCGAGCCAAGGGGUCCUCACCCAAGGCCAUAGCAAACAGCCAGGAAUGGACCCUCAGCCGCUCCAUCCCGGAGCUCAGACUGGGCGUCCUGGGGAGCAUCAAGAGCGGGAAGUCGGCCCUCGUCCAUCGCUUCCUCACCGGCUCCUACCUGGGCCUGGAGCCAGCCGAGAGCGGACAGUUCAAGAAGGAAGUGGUGUUGGACGGGCAGAGUCACCUGUUACUGAUCCGAGAGGAAGGGGGUGCCCCGGACGUCAAGUUUGCCAGCUGGGUGGAUGCCGUGGUCUUUGUGUUCAGCCUGGAGAACGAAGACAGCUUCCAGGAGGUCUCCCAGUACUACAACCUCCUGAGCAGCUACCGCAACCCCUCGGAGGUGGCCGUGGCCCUGGUGGGCACGCAGGACAAGAUCAGCUCCACCAACCCCCGGGUGAUCGAGGACCCGCAGGCCCGGGCGCUCUGCAGCGACAUGAAACGCUGCCUCUACUACGAGACCUGCGCCACCUACGGCCUCAACGUCGACCGGGUCUUCAGUGAAGUCGCCCAGAAGGUCGUGACUCUGAAGAAGCAGCAGCAGCUCCUGGCCUCCUGCAAGUCCCUGCCCAGCACCCCCAGCCACUCGGCCGCCUCCACCCCCGUGGGCGGGAUCCACCCUGGGCAGGCCAGUAAUGGAGGCCACGCGAGCGAUUACUCCUCCUCCUUGCCGUCUACGCCCAACAUCAGCCACCGCGAGCUGCGGAGCGAAGGCUCGGUCGGGAUCGGCACCCCCAGCUCCCUGCACCGCGGGGCCAAGCGCCGCACCAGCCUCUUCACGAACCGCCGGGGGAGCGAUUCGGAGAAGAGGAGCUUGGACAGCAGAGGGGACAGCACGGGCAGCGGCCGCGCCAUCCCAAUCAAACAGAGCUUCUUGCUGAAACGUAGCGGCAAUUCCCUCAACAAGGAGUGGAAGAAGAAAUACGUGACCCUAUCCUGCAAUGGCCUCCUCUUCUACCACCCCAGCAUCAACGAUUACAUUCACAGCACCCACGGGAAGGUGAUGGACCUCCUGCGCACCACCGUCAAGGUGCCCGGCAAGCGCCCCCCCAGGGCCAUCUCUGCCUGCAGCCCCUCCUCCAGCAUCAACGGCCUGGUGCGGGACGUGAGCGGGGGGCAGGCGCCCGAGGGUGGCGCUAGCCUCUCCCCCGCGGUGCUGACCAUCCCGACAGAACAAGCGGCCAAGGCCUCGGGGAAGGCGGACCGGCCCCUCCAGCGUUGCGCUUCGGCAGCCAGCGCCAAGACCUCCGGCGGUGAGGGGUCCCCGGCCGGAGAAGGGGUGUCCAGCCCCAGUCCCAGCCCCGGAGGCAAAGACCCGCCUCCUUCGCCCAUGAUUGACAGGAAGAAGCAUCGCCGGAAGAAGCUGAUGACCCCCUCGAAAACCGAGGGGUCGACGGGGCAGGCGGAAGCCAAGCGCAAAAUGUGGAAAUUAAAAACCUUUGGUAGUUUAAGAAAUAUUUAUAAAACAGAGGAGGAGAACUUCGAGUUCAUCAUUGUGUCGAGCACGGGCCAGACAUGGCACUUCGAGGCCGGCAGCUUCGAGGAGAGGGACGCCUGGGUCCAGGCGAUCGAAAGCCAGAUCCUGGCCAGCCUGCAGUGCUGCGAGAGCAGCAAAAACAAGGCCCGGAUGGACAGCCAGAGUGAAGCGGUAGCCAUCCAGGCCAUCCGGAACGCCAGAGGCAAUUCCCUGUGUGUGGACUGCGGGGCACCGAACCCCACCUGGGCCAGCCUGAACCUCGGGGCGCUGAUCUGCAUCGAGUGCUCGGGCAUUCACCGAAACCUGGGCACCCACCUGUCGCGGGUGCGCUCGCUGGACCUCGACGACUGGCCCCUGGAGCUCACCCUGGUGCUGACGUCCAUCGGCAACGAGACGGCCAACAGCAUCUGGGAGAAGAACACCCAGGGACGCCGGAAACCCACCUCCGAGUCGUCCCGGGAGGAGCGGGAGUCGUGGAUCCGGGCCAAGUACGAGCAGCGGCUGUUCCUGGCCCUGUUCCCCAGCCCCGAGAUCCCGCUGGGGCAGCAGCUGUUCCGGGCCGUGCAGGAGAAGGACCUGGGCACCGUGCUGCUGCUGCUGGCGCACAGCUCCAAGGAGCUGAUCAACACCUGCUCCGGGGACAAGGACCGGCGCACGGCCCUGCACUUGGCCUGCGACCUGCCCCAUGUGGUCAUCACCCAGCUGCUGGUCUGGUACGGCAUUGACGUGAAGGCCCGAGACGCGCUGGGCCACACGGCCCUUUUCUACGCCAGGCGAGCCGGGAGCCAGGAGUGCACCGAGAUCCUCCUGCAGCACGGCUGCCCCAGCGAGGGCCACGGCACCGUCGCCACGCCCGGCCUGCGCCGGAAAAGCAGCACCGCCAGCAUGGGACGGUGUGACACUCGGACCGCCCUGGUAUAGCCAGCCAGCCCCACUGGACUGCCCCGUGCGGGGCCUCGGGGCUCAGCCCAGAGCGGGGGGGAGACUGCCAACGCCUCGGCCCUCUGCAGAGCCCUCCCCAGCGGGCUGCGGCCUGCCUCGGGCCACCUGGACCGGGUGCGCCGGAGCCCGAGCCUGACGCAGGGCUGGAGGGGAAGGACGCGGGGGUGGCCAGGGGACAACUCCAGUGGCAGGCCCGUCCUGCGCGGGCCGUACCUGCCGGACGCUGAAGGGACGUUCGGCCCAACGGGCCCAGCUUUUCCGGGCACGGCUGGCGAGGCGGGUGCCCAGGUGAGGCCACCCCUGGGUGCUGGCUGGGCAGGACGCCGGGCGUCCCCAUCCUCCGGCCACUGUCGGACAAUUUGUAUUUUUGAUGCUCUAUUUAUUACUCAGCCCCUGCUGGUGGGGCCCGUCCUGUCCCUGUCUCCUCGGGGUCCCUGCUGCCCCUCCCUACUGCGCCAGCACAUCUUCCCGAGGCCUCCUGCGUGGCUGGGCAGGGGAUGGGAACACGCAGGACAAAGAGAGGCAGCUUUGUCAGAGCACAGGGCCGAGAGCCAGGACUCCUGGGUUCUGUCCCUGGCUCUGGGAGGGGAGUGGGGUCUAGUGGUCAGAGCACAGGGCCGGGAGCCAGGACUCCUGGGUUCUGUCCCUGGCUCUUGGAGGGAAGUGGGGGGUCUAGUGGUCAGAGCACAGGGCCGAGAGCCAGGACUCCUGGGUUCUGUUCCCAGGUCUGUCACUGACUUGCCCUGUGACCCCCGCGGGCCGCACCCUCCCGUCCUUCCAAUGGGGUUUAAGGACACGGCCGGGGUGGGGAGGGAUCCUUCGUUCCUGUCCGUAAUGAGCUUUGACGGUGAAACGUGCUCAGUGUUGUGCCAAGGUGUUUGGGUUCCCAGCCUGCCCCUGGAUAGACAAGGCCCUGCAGCAAGGGGAGAGGGCUGACGUUAGCAGGGGUGGGGGUGAUGGGCCCCCCCCACCCCCAAUCCAGCUGCCAAAGCCCUGAACCUCCAGUCCCUGUGCGCCCCCUCCCAUUCCAUGAAGGGGGGGAGGGGAAGCAGUUCAUCCCGUUCCCCUGCUCUCUGUCUCCACCAUGGCGGGGGCGGGGGGAGGGGAACACAGCUGUGCCCCCACCCCAUGCGGCUGGGGGCUCCCAACUAGGUGCACUGGCCCUGCGCAGACAGCAGAGGGCGACAGUCUCCUUGCUACCAUUUUGUGAGGCGCGUGGGAGUGGGGCCCUCAGCCAGCCCCUUGCGGCGUGUGGGGCUGGACGCCGGGGUUCCACUGGAGUUUCUGGGAGGGGAGUGGGGGCUGAUGG